AUCACUGGACUAGACUGUCUUUUUAGUGCGGGAGGAAAAACCGGAGAGGAAGCUUAUAUUACAUGGCCGUCCCACGGCGGCGCUCGGGAAUUAGAUGACCCAAGUGUGGUGGUGCCUGCAACAAUUCCGCCACAUUCUGAAAACAUGCAUAGCCCAGAGGGACCUUUUGAUCGGCAAGUCCCUCCACGCAGUAUAUCUCAAAUCCCACCUUAUCCCGCCCUCUACCUACAUCUCCAACCACUUCAUCCUCCUCUACUUCAAAUGCGGCCGCCUCUCCUCCGCCCGCAGGGCAUUCGACUCUACCCCUUCGCCCAAUGUCUUCUCCUACAACGCCAUCAUCGCUGCCUACGCCAAAGAAGCCCUGCCACACGUCGCCCACCAACUGUUUGAUCAAAUUCCCCAGCCGGACCUUGUCUCGUACAACACCCUGAUUUCUGCCUAUGCAGACCGUGGAGACACCGUGCCUGCUCUUGAACUGUUUCUUGGUAUGAGGAGGAGGGGGCUGGAUAUUGACUCAUUUACGUUGUCAGGGGUGAUCACGGCUUCUUGUGAUGAUAAAAAAUUGAUUGUCCAGUUUCAUACUCUGGCUGUUUCCGGCGGGUUUGAUGCGUUUGUUUCUGUGAAUAACACGCUUCUUACUUGUUAUAGUAAAAACGGGAAUUUGGAUGAGGCCGAGAGAGUUUUUGAAGCAAUGGGUGAGAUCAAAGAUGAGGUGUCCUGGAACUCCAUGAUCGUUGCUUAUGGACAACACAGGGUGGGAUCAAAAGCGCUGUCUUUGUAUCAAGAAAUGGUGCGGUUGGAGUUAAAGGAAGACAUGUUUACAUUAGCCAGUGUCUUAACUGCGUUUACUAACAUGGAGGACUUUCAUGGUGGCCUUCAGUUUCAUGCUCGCCUGAUCAAGGUUGGUUUUCACCUGAAUCCCCACGUUGGUAGUAGCUUGGUUGAUCUGUACUCGAAAUGCAGCAGUUGUGGCAUGCCGGAUUGCAAGAAAGUGUUUCAAGAAAUUCCAAAUCCUGACUUAGUCCUCUGGAACACCAUGAUAUCUGGUUGUUCCUUGUUUGACGACUUCUCUGAAGAGGCCAUUGCUUACUUUAGGCAAAUGCAGAGGGUGGGUCAUCGACCCGAUGAUUGCAGUUUUGUUUGUGUGAUCAGUGCAUGUUGUAAUCUUUCUCUGCAAGGGAAACAGAUUCACUCUCUGGCCAUCAAAUCAUACAUCCCAGCAAACGGAAGAAUCAUGGUCAGCAAUGCUCUUAUCACUAUGUAUUCUAAGUGUGGAAAUCUACCAGAUGCCGUGAAAGUAUUUGAUAGGAUGCCAGAGCACAACAGCGUGACCCUUAAUUCCAUGAUUGCAGGCUAUGCUCAACACGGGCGUGCCAUGGAAUCCCUUAUGCUCUUCCAAACGAUGCUUGAGGAGAACAGUAACGCGGGCCCCACAAGCAUAACGUUUGUCUCGGUCCUGUCUGCGUGUGCACACACUGGUAAAGUAGAGGAAGGCAAGAAGUAUUUCAGUAUGAUGACCAAGGAAUUCGGGAUCAAACCAGAGGCAGCACACUACUCAUGCAUGAUUGACCUCUUAGGAAGAACCGGAAAACUAGAAGAGGCCGAGAGGCUUAUUGAGAGCAUGCCAUACAGCCCAGGCACAAUCGGCUGGGGAACACUGCUUAGAGCUUGUAGAACCCAUGGUAACACUGAGCUAGCACUAAAAGCAGCCAAAGAGUGCCUUGAGUUGGACCCCACAAACUCAGCUCCGUACGUCAUGCUUGCAAACACACUCGGCCAUUCUGGAAGAUGGGAGGAAGUAGCAGCUAUUAGGAAAGAAAUGCGCGACAAGGGGGUUAAGAAGAAACCGGGUUGUAGUUGGAUAGAGGUGGACAAGAGGAUACAUGUAUUCGUAGCAGAAGAUCAUUCGCAUCCAAUGAUAAAGGAGAUAUAUCUGUUCUGGGAAGAAAUGUCAGAGAAGAUGAAGAAAGCAGGGUACGUGGUGGACGUGAGGUGGGCCCUGCUUAAGGAUGACGGGAUUCGUGACGAAGUGAAGGAGAGACACCUGAGGCAUCACAGUGAGAAGUUGGCGGUCGCUUUUGGGCUAUUAUCAACCAAAGAAGGGAUGCCUAUACUUGUCCUUAAGAACUUGAGGAUAUGCGGCGACUGCCACAAUGCAAUCAAAUUCAUUUCUGUCAUAGCGGAUCGAGAGAUCACUGUGAGAGACUGCCACAGGUUUCACUGUUUUAAGGAUGGCCUUUGUUCUUGUGGGGAUUUUUGGUGAUACAUUUUACUAUUGACUUUUAUCAGUACUGUCAAGUCUACCAACAUGUUUUAGCAUAGGACAUCAUGUAAUGCUAUCUAGAAAAGGAUAUU